CUUCAAAAUAUCUUCUUUUGUGUUCAGCAGAAGAAAGAAACUCAUACAGGUUUAGAACAACUUGAGGGUGAGUAAAUGAUGACAGUUUUAAUUUUUAGGUGAACUAUCCCUUUAACAAAUUGAACAUUAUUCUAAGGCAUUAAUGUAUUAAGUUGAAUUUGUUACUGCUCUAAAACUCGGUCAAUGUGAUUUUGCCAAGUAAGACAUGUUCCUGGAUCAACAUUCCUGUCUGAAAAUUUAGUCCUAACCCUAUCCUAUCUCUAUCCCAAAACCUAACCCUACCCAUAACUAAUUCCUAAAACCACAGGGAAAUGAUAAGUGAAUAACACAGAUGUAGAAGCACCUAACCCUUGUAAGCCUAAACUUUACAAACUGUAAACUUGACCCUCAAAUCUGAUUGGUAGAUUGGAAUGAUGUUCCAGGAUCAACAAAGAUGUCGAUCCAGGAACAUGUCGUACUUGGUGAAAUCAGGUUCACCCUAAAACACAGUAAAGUUCUUGUCAGGUUUUAUAUGAAAGAGGUUAUGUUGUGCAGCAAAAUACAAGACUAAUUUCAUUUGAUUCAGAUGAUAAUUUUUUUUUGUGUUGGGAAGUUAUCGCUACAUUGUUCAGAAAUGCUAACAGUUCAAGGCAAAUAUUGAAGGCAACAAAACAAAGAUCUCAAUAGGCAGCUAUGCACUUUGCAUAGACUUAGCUUGGGUUUUGCUAUAGUUUUUUUUUAUGUGCAUGGCCACAAUCAACAUGCAUUUGCAGUGCAUUAGUUCACAUGUAUAUGGGUCACUUUGUCUCACAUAUUAUCAAAAAACAGUCUUUCAGAACAUAAUCAACAUAUCCUGUCAAAGCUGUUGACCCAUAUAAAGUGCAUCUUACUGCUGGUGUACAAAUUUGUCAGUGAGAAGUCUGCUGAUGUGUAUGUGGGUGAGACAUGAGAACGUGGGAGAGCUCAGAGAGCUGUGUCCGUGUUAAACAUACAGUGAAACAAGAAUAGCCAGUGCCGGGCAGAUUACUUGCAAAUUGUAUUCUGUUACUGAUUACAAAUUACAUGAAAAAUUUUAGUUAGUAACGUAAUCUAGAUUACUAAUUUUUCGUAAUGUAUUCUGACUACUUUUAGAUUACUUUUGAUCUAACUCGUUUAUCACUCAGAUUCUUCUAGCCCACCUUUGAGUUUACAUGUGCAAAAAACAAAAACAAAUGACAUGCAUUGCAGGUUGUCGGGGAGUUCAGUGGUCUGAAGAUGACUGUCUACUUCACAUCUGUCUCUUUAUCUACGUCAAGAUCAGGAAGUUCUCAUUUUCAGAUUUUCUCACUAGCCUAUAUAAACAGAAGCAGAUUAGAUGUAGGGCUCAAACACUUGCUGUCCUGUGUGGACCAGUCUGAAGAGCCAUCAAGGAACUUGCAUUUUUAUUCUGAAGAUGCAGCUCUCAUUGGUUUUCAGAGCUGUGCUACUGCUUUUUCUGCUUGCCCUUAUAUUAGGUGUAGAAUGUAAUUCCUCUCAGAAAAAGUCUAAAAGAAAAGGAAAAUCAAAACGUUUAGGUAUUAGAGGUAAAAAGGACAAGCCGUGGUUCAUCAUGGACUCAACUCUGAACAUCUCAAUGACUGCCUCCCCAUCUCCAAGCAGAUCUUUGUCACCAUGGACAAUUGAAACUUCCUUUGACAAUUCACGAAUCCCAGUGCAAAUCUCUGAGGCAAAAUGUGAAAAAAGAAGGUGUAUAACUAAAGAUGGUAAGGAAGACUGGGGACUGGAGUCUAAACCCAUCUACUACGAGAUCAAUGUUCUGAGGAGAGUGAUGGGCAAAAACGCGACACAAUACGCCCUUAAACUGGAGACUAAAAUAGUUAGUCUAGGCUGUACAUGUGUUUUACCCAUUGUUGUGCCUCAGAAUUAGGUCUAUACUGUACUUCUAAUUGUGUACUGCUAUAUUUUUGUAUUAAUCUGCCUAUAGGUACAGAAAACUUCUGUUGCAAUCUUUUCAUCAGCUUUGUAUUUAUUGUAAUCUCGAUUAAUAAAAUAUUCUAACAUU